AUGGCAAAAGAAUCUUGCCUGAUAAACAAGAAAAUCAAGAAUCUGGAAAGACGAGAGGCAAGAUCGUCGACUAGUGAUGAUAGUGAACGAAAAAAAUAUAUUUAUUCAAUUGAUAAAAAAAAAUCAAAUGAACGUAUUAUUGAAAUGAAAAAUGAUCCACCAUCAUUAUAUAUAUCAUUAAUUGAUUGUUUAAAAGAACGCAAUGAUAUUAAUUUAUUUAAUAUAUUUAAUAAUGAUAUUCAAGAUUCAAUUGAUUUAAUAUCAAUACGUAAUCAAAUAUAUGAACAUAAUUAUAAUUUUCAAAAUUAUUCAACUAUUCAUUUAUUUAUGAUACUUUUACAUUUAUUACAAUCAUUACCUGAACCAUUAAUAUCACGUGAUAUACAAGAUAAAAUUUUUUUAAGUAAUAAUAAUAAUAAUACAAAUAUUCGUUCAUAUCAAUUACCAAGUGGUAUAUCAAUACAAUCACAUAUACCAAAUGAAAAUUCAUCUCAACAACAACAACAACAACAUCAACAAAAUAUGACAAAAGCUGUUAGUUUUAUUAUUGAACAAUUACAACCAAAACAAAGAAAUUUAUUUUUUCGUUUUCUUUUACUUUUACAAAAAUCUUGGCCAACAUCAGAACAAUUAAAAAAACUUGAUAAUGAUGGACAAAAUACUUUAAAUAUAUGUAUUGAUGUAUUAGCUCUUUCAAUUUUACAUGAAUAUGCAAAUCGAAAUCAACGUCAUAAUUUUCUUUUAGCUUGUCUUAAUGAAGAAAAAAAGAAAAGUUCGAAAUGA